GCGACACAGACGCCGCGCGUGCCGGUGGCCUGUCGUGUCGGUGAUAACGAUAGCUUGGGCUCAAGCGCGAACGCCAAGACGACGCAGGUCACCGCCCCCUCGCUGCCAUGGACGCCGAAGGCCUCCAGCCGGUCGCGCGGCCGCUCCCUCGUCGCUGGCUCAUGCUGGCCGUCUUCAGCGUCGUGUCGCUGAGCAACGGUUUCCAGUGGAUCCAGUUCGCCAUAAUCUCCGACUCGGUAGCGGCGUACUACAACGUAUCCGAGCAAGCCGUGGCCUGGACCUCUCUUGUUUAUAUGGUGGUGUACAUCCCGUGCAUCCUACCCGCCUCGUGGUUCCUCGACAAAAAGGGCUUGCGCUGGACCGUCGUAUUGGCUGCGCUCGGCAACUGCGGCGCCGCGUGGCUCAAGGUGGUGGCUGUGCGACCAGACCUAUGGCCAGUGCUGUUCCUCGGGCAGGCGGUGGCGGCUGUUACCCAAGGCUUCGUUCUCAGUGUGCCACCCCGGCUUGCAGCGGUGUGGUUCGGUGCCAACGAGGUGUCGACCGCAACAGCCAUUGGAGUCCUCGGAAACCAGAUUGGCAAUGCUGUCGGCUUCGCCGUGCCGUCGCUCCUCGUGCGAUCGCCGUCUGCAGACGGCAGCAACAUCGUCGGCAUUGGCUUUGACAUGAGGGCGCUGGGUUACGGCCUUGCCAUCGUGUCAUCGGUGACCCUUGUCGUCUCGCUGUUAGUGUUCCAGGCCGCCCCUCCACACCCCCCGAGCCGCUCCCAGGCAGCUGCCGAAUCGCUCAACGAGAGGAAAUCCGUUCGGGACUUCAUGCUGUCGCUGAAAUCGUUGGUCACGAGCCCAGGCUUUCCGCAGCUAACCGUGGCGUACGGCAUAAGUACUGGUGUGUGUUUUGCAGCCAGUACCGUGCUCAACAGACUCAUCCUCGGUGUGUUUCCUACCAGCGAAGAUGAUGCGGGCUUCAUCGGACUGACCAUGACCUUCGCUGGCCUUGUGAGUGCUAUCAUGAGCGGUGUGCUCCUCGACGCCACUGGGAAAUUCAAGGAGCUCACCAUUGGAUUGUACUGCUUGUCGGUGGUUGCGUUGGCAGCCUUCACGGCGGCCCUUUUCUCCGGCACGAUUUGGAUCGUCUACAUCACCGGUGGUCUGGCAGGGUUCGCCCUGGCGGGCUACGUCCCGGUGGGCUUCGAGUUCGCGGCCGAGCUCACCUACCCCGCGUCGGAAGGGACGUCGUCCGGCAUCCUGAGCGCCGCGGCGCAGCUCCUCGGCGUCGUGUUCACGGUGGCGUGCGGCCGCCUGCUGGACGAGCCCCGCGGCUGGACCUGGGCGUGUGCCGGCAUGGGGGGCGUGCUGGCCGUCGGCGCCGUCUUCGCGUGCACCAUCCCCAACAACUUGCGGCGCCAGGCCGCGCAGCGCGCGGAGACCUAGCGUCAGGGCGAACAACUGCCCCAAGGGGAAACAACUUUAGCAAUCUGUACACCGAAAUUCAUCAAACAUGUAAAAUUCAUGUAAAUUCAUCGAAAUAGGACCAAAACUCAUUGGAUUACCGAAAUUACACCGAAAUUCAGUGAUUUCCCCUUGAACUGCCCACAUUCAGACUGCCAACCUUUCGUAGCGAAACAAUCUGAAAUGAAGUUGUUAAGAUCUCACUCAUGGCCUCCUUCAGGGCGCAUUGCACUGAUAAGUGCCAAUAUUUCACCCCCCGAAAUGGCGUAAAGGUGCCUAGUCUGGUUGCACUGAUCAUAACACAAGGUUUGAUCACAUACCUCAUGCACGUGACUACGCCGGUUGACAGGCAACACGUGUGGCAAAUGUAUUCAUUAAUCUUGCACAUUCCAACACAUUAACACAAUCAC